AUGAGGGCCAGGAAAGUGGCAAUUUCAGCUAUUCACUUGAACUCUGACCAGGUUGUUACCACUCAGGAGGAAGUCAAGAGUGCUGCAGUCUGGCAUUUUCCCGCCCUAUUCUCUGCAGGGGCGCCUUCGUCUGAUGAUGGACUGCUAGAUUUCAUCCCAUCUUUGGUCACGGUUGAGGAGAACGCACUCCUACUUUCCCCUCUGUCGAUCUCGGAGGUCCACCACGCGGUCCUGUCGAUUCCCAGAGAAAGGUACGCCUCUCCCCAGAGCCUUCACCACCUCUCUCAUUGCCCUUAUUCCGAAACAGAAGCGCCCCAAUCAUUUGUCGAUUUCCGUCCUAUUAGCUUAUGCAAUGUCGUCUAUAAGAUCUUUGCCAAGAUCAUUGCUUCCUGCCUGAGUAAGCUGCUCCCCUCCUUGAUUUCUCUGGAGCAGGGGGCUUUUGUUCAAGGAAGAUCAAUUGCGGAAAACAUUACGCUUUCGCAAGAGCUCAUCCAGGACAUUAGCAAAAGAGUUAGGGGUGGCAAUAUUGUUCUCAAAUUGGACAGGGAGAAAGCCUACGAUAGAGUGGACUGGUUCUUCCUAAAGUGCGUCCUCCAGUGGUUUGGCUUUUCCGGGCAGUGGAUUACUCUAGUCGAGAGGUGUUGGAAAAAUAUCCUAAGCCAAGGAUUUAAGAGAUUGGUGGAGACGGGUUCUUGUCUUCCUUGCCGUGGGCGUGGCGGUACUGUUCUAGUGUCUCACCUACUGUUUGCGGACGAUACACUCCUCUUCUUGAAUGGGGGCAUCUGUUCCAUUCGUGCGACUAAACAAUUCUUGGAGCGAUACCAACAGGUUUCGGGCCAGAAGGUAAAUAUUCAGAAAAGUUUUUUCAUCCAUUCUGAAGUCAUGGCGCCGUCUCAGACUGCUAGCAUCCGUAGGGAGUUGGGUAUGAGGGCUUCAGUGGAUGGCUUCACUUAUCUCGGGGUCCCCAUCUCAGUGGGGCAUUGGAAAAAGGACGCUUUUCAACGCAUUGUAGACGUAGUUGCCACCCGUAUCAGUGGUUGGAAAGCGAGGCUGCUUUCAAUGGCGGGCCGGCUCAUUCUCGUGAACCAUGUACUUACCAGCAUUCCGGUUCACACGAUAACAGCCACACACGUCCCUGUUUAUGUGAUCCACAAGCUUGAAAGCCUUUUUGCUAAUUUCAUUUGGGGCUGGGCAGAGGGCAAGAAAAAGUUGCAUUGGCGUAGUUGGGCUGAAAUCUGCGUUCCAAAGGAGGAAGGUGGGCUGGGGAUCAGACGGCUUCAUGAUGUCAUGACUGCGUUUCGUACAAAGAUGGCUUGGGGAGCAGUGCCGGUGGAUGAUGCUGUCAAAACCCGUGGGGUACAACUUGUGUCCAAAUGCUACUACUGUUUUCAGGAUUCCAACGACCAACCUGAUAUUGAAACGAUUAAUCACACCUUCCUAUUUAGCGGCCGGGCAGCUUCGGUUUGGCGUCACUUUGCUAGGGAAUAUGGAGUUACCCUGUCCAGCGGCGGGUCAGUUUUGGAGCGUCUUGCAACUUGGUGGGAUUCACGGGCGACAACUACAAAUUCUGCUCCAUUUCGGGCUAUCAUUCCAUGUUUCAUUUUGUGGGAGCUUUGGAGGGCGCGGAAUUCAUCCAAGUUUGACAACUCAAAUCCUAGCCUGGUUUCAAUCAUUUUGCGCACGGCGGGGUGGGUGAACUGGAUUGUAAGGACGUGGAACCUCCGAGCUCGCAACCUAGGGAUAAGUAGGGAUUUCUCCUCCUUGGAAAUCUCUGCUCAUCUGAGGGUUUUUCAUGCUACUCAGGUGGUGCAUUGGAAGAGGCCUUCCCCGGGUUGGGUAAAGUUGAAUGUAGACGGUUCGUCUCGUGGAAAUCCUGGAAUGGCUGGAAGUGGAGGGGUGUACAAAGGAGAGAAUGGCGAUCUAAGGUUUGCUUUCUCAGCUAGCUAUGGAAUGGCGUCGAAUACUUGGGCUGAAUUGAGGGCAGUCCAUGAUGGCCUUACCCUCUGCUUUCAACAGGGGUUGACGAAAAUUGUUGUGGAGUCUGACUCCUUAUUGGUGGUGAACUAG